AUGGCACUUUCAAGCAUCUUAUCUCUUGUCCUUCUAGCAUCGGCAGGCAAGGCGAAACAAACAACAGCAACUGGGUUUCCCUCUGCAAAACAGCAAUGUCCUCAUCAUCCAGCAGGCCGCUUGGAAACAGCUGCGCUGCUACCGGUUUGUCCCCUUCCAGGGCACAUUGGCGUCCUGUCCGAUGAAAGCUCCAAUGCCAUCGCGUGGGACUACCCACCCAAGUGCAUUUCACCUCCAGCAAAAGACAAUACAACCGUCCCAAGAAUCGACUGCCUGUUCACUUCGACCACCUUUCGCAAUGGCCAUGGCAUCAGCUUGGUUUCUUCCACACUGACAACAUCUCAUAUUGUCGGUGUUGGCUCAUUUGAUGAUGAGGCCCCUCCGCUUGGGGUGCAGCGCCGCGAGAAUCUCGGUCCUGCCUACGAGAUUGUCCCGGUGGAAGGAAAAGGGUUGGGUGUUGUUGCUAAGCGCAAGAUCAAGCGUGGAGAGAUUGUCAUGUCUGACUACCCUUCACUACUUAUUGGGACAGGCUUCUUGGGCACCGCACAGCCCCAUCAUAGGAGACGGAUGCUCAAGCAAGCCAUCAACCAGCUUCCCGAUAAAUUGAGGUCCAAGGUCAGGGGUUUGUCGAGAGGAGCAGAAAAGUACGAGGUGGACGCCAUCUUGGGACCGAAUGCCAAUACGGUCAUGAUUGGAGAGCAAGACGGGGAGCAAAUGCAUGUCGGCCUGUUUGCUGAGGCUGCGAGGAUAAACCAUGGCUGCAGACCAAACGUUCACUCGAGGUUCUCAGAGAGGAGGUUGACAAUGGAGAUCAUGGCCCAUGUAGCCAUCGAGCCGGGAGAGGAGAUCUUGAUGAGCUAUGUGCCCAUCACAACUGUCCGUGAUGAAAGACGAAAGUAUCUCAAAGACCAUUGGGGAUUUGACUGCAAGUGUCAACUGUGUACUGGUACGAAGAAUGAGAUUGAGGAGUCAGAGUUCUAUCGACGCCGCCAAAAGAGUCUCAAGGAGAGUAUUGAGAGCGCGCGUGCCGAAGGGUUCUUCAAGGAUGCCAUUGUCAUGAGUGGCGAGUGGCAUGAGUUUAGCGAGUGGGACAUGGUUCCCCCCCUUGCGCCUGAGUAUCAUGAUAGCCUGGCAAACUUGCAUUACGCAAAUGGGGAUUUGUUCAAUGCGACAAGAUAUGCGAGGAUGGCAUAUGAUGGGUGGGUGAGGUUUGGCAGUGUGGAUGAUGAAAAGUUGGAGCAUUCGAGAACGGUGCUGGCAAAGAUUGAAAAGGAGUUUGAGAAGAGUUUGAAGUUUGAGAAGGACUAACAACCAGGCG